AUGCAGCCGGCAAUGAUGAUGUUUUCCAGUAAAUACUGGGCAAGGAGAGGGCUUUCUCUGGAUUCAGCGGUGCCCGAAGAGCAUCAGCCACUUGGCAGCUUAACACUAAAUAAAGCAAACUCUGGCAAAAAUGAUGAUAAGAAAGGCAACAAGGGAAGCAGCAAAAGUGAAACUGCUACGGAAAGUGGCAAGACGGCGGUUGUAUUCUCUUUGAAAAAUGAAGUUGGUGGAUUGGUCAAAGCGCUGAAACUCUUUCAGGAAAAACAUGUCAACAUGGUUCAUAUUGAGUCCAGAAAAUCCAGGCGAAGAAGCUCAGAGGUGGAGAUCUUUGUGGACUUUGAGUGUGGCAAAACAGAGUUCAAUGAGCUCAUCCAGUCGCUGAAAUUUCAGACUACAAUCCUGACGCUGAAUCCGCCGGAGAGCAUUUGGACAGAGGAAGAAGAGCUGGAGGACGUGCCCUGGUUCCCGCGCAAGAUCUCUGAAUUGGACAAGUGCUCCCACCGAGUGCUCAUGUAUGGUUCUGAGCUCGAUGCUGACCACCCAGGAUUUAAGGACAACGUCUAUCGACAGAGAAGAAAGUAUUUUGUGGACGUGGCCAUGAGUUAUAAAUACGGCCAGCCCAUCCCCAGGGUGGAGUACACGGAGGAAGAAACGAAAACCUGGGGCGUUGUAUUCCGGGAGCUCUCCAAACUCUACCCCACCCACGCCUGCCGGGAGUACCUGAAAAACUUCCCUCUGCUGACGAAAUACUGUGGCUACCGGGAGGACAACGUGCCUCAGCUGGAGGAUGUCUCCAUGUUCCUGAAAGAAAGAUCUGGCUUCACGGUGAGGCCGGUGGCUGGAUACCUGAGUCCGAGAGACUUCCUGGCGGGACUGGCCUACAGGGUGUUCCACUGCACCCAGUACAUCCGGCACAGCUCUGACCCCCUCUACACCCCGGAACCAGACACAUGCCAUGAACUUCUGGGACAUGUUCCACUACUUGCGGACCCCAAGUUUGCUCAAUUUUCACAAGAAAUAGGCCUGGCAUCUCUGGGAGCAUCAGAUGAAGAUGUCCAGAAACUAGCCACGUGCUAUUUCUUUACAAUUGAGUUUGGCCUCUGCAAGCAAGAAGGGCAGCUGCGGGCAUAUGGAGCAGGACUGCUUUCUUCCAUUGGAGAAUUAAAGCACGCUCUUUCUGACAAGGCUCGUGUGAAAGCCUUUGACCCGAAGACAACGUGCCUACAGGAGUGCCUUAUCACCACCUUCCAGGAGGCCUACUUUGUUUCUGAGAGUUUUGAAGAAGCCAAAGAAAAGAUGAGGGAUUUUGCAAAGUCAAUUACCCGUCCCUUCUCAGUCUACUUCAAUCCCUACACAAGGAGCGUGGAGAUUCUGAAAGACACCCGAAGUAUUGAGAACGUGGUGCAGGAUCUCCGCAGCGAUCUGAACACCGUGUGUGACGCCUUGAACAAAAUGAACCAGUAUCUGGGGAUCUGA